AUGCGGGUGAACGUUGACAACCACAAUUUUGUCGUAAAUAAAGAUCUCCUCGCUCAGAACUGCGAGUACUUCCGAGCUUUGUUCCAGUCGGGAAUGAAGGAAUGCCAGGAGGAUGAGAUCUCCCUGCAGUGCGUGGGGAUUUUGGGGUUUCAAGUUAUGGUACAAGUUCUGGAAGGAGGUCAACCGAUGCUGGACUGCGACCAAAUUGUGGAAGCGAUUGAAUGCACGGCUUUCCUUCAGGUACCCAUUCUUACCAAGCAUCUAAUUCAUGUGAUCAACUUUGAAAACUGCUUGCUCAUGUUUCACACCGCUUCUACGUAUGGAGUUUGGGAUCUUUUCCACAACGCUGCGCUUUUUAUACGGGAUAUGUACGCUGAUUUGAAGGAUGAUCUUCACACUUUACCCAAAACAUUAACUGAUUACGUUGAAUCGUUAAUUCCGGCGAGCUACACCGCGGUUUGCAGUCAUUCGCCAUCAUCUAACGAACUAGAGGAUUUCCAAAGGACUGUAUGCUAUCUGGAUGAGGACCUUAAAGAGUGGAAAGUGCUGACUCAGCUACCUUCUAACGCGAGCACCACAAUGGCAGGCGUCACUGUUCUCGACAACAAGCUUUACAUCAUUGGUGGGGUGCACGACGUGAACAAGAAGAUCGUGCAAAACGGAUUCUGUUACAAUCCGUUGAGUAAUUCUUGGUCGACGAUUUGCAGCCCCAAUCAACUGCGUUACAAUCUCGCGCUAGUAGGUCAUGAAGGAUGCCUCUAUGCUAUCGGAGGUGAGUGCAACCACAAAGAGUUAUCGUCCGUGGAAAAGUACACAGUUGCUAACGACUGCUGGAGUUAUGUUUCACCCCUCCCCUGUCCAUCUACAUCGGUAGUUUCAGCAGUCACUUUGAACAGGAUUUUUAUUUGUCUUUGGAAAGGUAACGGUGCUACAGAGAUUUUCAAGUUCUUACCAGAGAAAGAUCAAUGGAUACUUGAAACUACGCUCGUCCGCGAACAAAGCUACGGUCUUUGCAUGGUGCCGCAUAAGGAUAAUUUGUAUGUGAUGCGGAAUGGGCCUUGCAAUGACUUCUUGCUAUGCGUCAUGGAUUGUUAUAAUCUUAGUUCGCGCCAGUGGACAGCCGUACCGGGCCACUACGUUAACAGUAAAGGGUCCUUGUUCACCGCGGCGGUAAGGGGAGAUUCGGUCUUCACUCUAAGUCGGAAAGUGACCACAGAAUACACAAUAGAGGAUUACAAGUGGAAGAAGAAACGUGAGAUGAGUGGGUUUGGCAGGAUUGGAUCUAUAUAUACUUUUCUCAUGAGGCUGCCCAAGGUCAAGCUCUCUCUCACAGAAAGGUCAAUGGUGAGCGCACCAAGCCAAAGAUCUGGAAACAUAGUUGGGCACCGGAGAAACUUUGUGCGAUGUGUUGAUAACCUUUGA